CGCCCAGAGCGCCAUUGAGCGUAGAAGCGCCGAGGUGAAUAUUUGAUAGCAGCUGAACGUAUAAGACUAUCAAACUCCAAAAAGGUACCGUUAAAAUUUUCUUGUUAAAAGUAAAUUAAUUCAAGGAGCUAUUUGUUUGUAAACAAAACCACGUGUAUCAACAAAUCAUGAUAAAAGUGAAAGUAACCCUGAUGUCUGCCGAAGAGCCAGAAAUAAGACGGAUGACGCUGGAAAAUCAACCAGAUUUUGCUGAAUUUGAGAGAAAGGUGUCAGAAUUGUUUGGAAAGACCACUGGAACUUAUACGCUCUAUUGGAAAGAUGACGAGAGUGACCUAAUCACAAUGUCGAGUGAUGAGGAGUUCCGAGAGGCGACGAAGAGCGCAAACGAGGAGACCCUGAGAAUUUUUCUUCAAAGAAUUGAAGAUCACUCGAGAAAGGAGGGAACGGACCACAGAGGUGAUAAUGAAAUGGAUAAUCUGACUUCGGACGAGUUCUGUCCCCUGAGAUGGCAGCGUCGUCGACGUCAUUGGAAAAGUUUCGACAAUGGCCAAAGUCCUGUGUCAUUUCCAAGGUUAAGAAAACAACUGAUGAAUGACCACCCUCCCUCCGAAAAAAGAACGCGGAGGUACUUACGUCGCAAAGUAGAAAAUCGCGAAAAAUUCGAUCACCCUGGGGAUAACAAUCAUGGAUACCGGUGUGGCAGACGACAACAAUGGUCGUUAACAUGUCAAGAUGGGGACCAGAUUCCAGUGUCCAGUAGAACUUGUCCAAAAAUGACUGGUGGCUGGUACCGCUGGAACAGGGAUCGCUGGAGUCUGAGACACGAUCAGCGCCCUGUCCGACAUUUCGGUGCAUCGGUGGUCAAUGAGAAUUGCCACUCAAGGAGAGAUCGGGAAAAUGUUAGAGGAUAUUGCCGAGAGAAGAAGUCCUGCAGACGAGCAAGGUCAGCUCCACCUACUCGUCUGUAUGGAAAAAACCUUAGGGAAUUCAGUUUGAUGAUGCAUGGAAAAGGAAAAAGAUGCAGGCGCUCAGCAUCUGUUGCUGUGUGCAGACGAGAAAAGGACGACGAGAUGCUAGCUAGUAAGAGAUGCAGACCAGGUAGAAACCGAAAUAGAAAGUCUUUCCUGAGGUUUAAGGUGAAUGGUUUGCCUAUACAUGUCUGUGAAUCUUCUACAGAUUCUGCCGGUGGAAAAGAGAAAAAAUGUCUUGGCCGGCGCUGUAAAAGCUAUCGAAGAAGAGCCACAAUGCUUGCAAAUGAAGAGUAGAAGAAAUCUGAUGUUUUGACAUCCCGGAAUGAAUACGAUACGGAGCCUGGGAUUUCUGAACUUGUUGAAACCAUGACUAUCAAGGAUGGUAAGGAAGGGGAAGAAAGGAGAAAAUGCAGAAAUCGUCGACAUCAUUAUAAAGAUGAUGGGUCAGAUGAAAAUAAUCAAUCUGAAGAAGCAAGAAAAUAUCACUGCAAGCACGGAUGUGGAGAUAAGGGGAUUCUCAAUGAGUCACAAGAAAAUAAAAAUAAAAACCAGGAAAAUAUGGAAGAAGAUGAAACUCCCAUAGAAGAGAAAGGUCAAAGAAAAUGCAACCGUGCUACGCACAAAGAUGGUACCUGCCAUGGCAAAAAAAGCAGAGUUAUAGAACACGACUUCGGAGUUCUCACUUUAAAAGUUAAAAUGAAUGACGACAUGAAAAUUAGGCCUAGAAAGCUAGCACGGAAAAUUUGCAGAAUUUUCAAGCAGUGCAGUACUCACAACCAAGAAAAUGCACUCCAGGGAAGAAGAUGUGGUCGAGAUGUCUUCCGGGGAAGACCCCGUGGCCGUGAUUUUGAGCCUCAUUAUCGAAGAAUGCUGCGUCGCCAAGGAUAUCGUCAUGAAAGAGCGCAUUUUCUUUCGCCAGAGUUUCCACGCAAAUUGGGGAAGGAUUUUGCUGCCUUCAGACCUGUUCUCAGAGGAAAACGUCUCCGUGAUUGUCCAUGGUAGACCACCACCGGAAAAAAUAACCAUGAAAAACGGAAUUGAAAUUUCUUUUAGUUUGAUUCUUGAUUCUUGACUCUAGACUGCCUUCCGUAAUUUUCAUAACAAAUUUCAAACUUUUUGUCGUGAUCAAGGCAAGAUUUCAAUAUUUUUACGUGAUGUUUAUGUAUCCAUUUCUCUUGGAAUUUAAUUUAAAGUUCAUUGUUUUUUAUGUUGUUUUUCAAAUAUCAUCCCAUUUGUAAACAAUGAUUUUUAUUGUCGUGGAAACCUGUAUCUCUCAGUAGGAACAGAUCAUUUGUACAUGUAUUGCAUGGAUAUAUUAAAUAUCUGGAUUGUGAAGGCUUGCUUUUAUUUUGCAUGAUUUAUUAUCUUUAUUUCAAUAUUUUGUUCAUAUUCAUAGAUAAUUUAUACAUGUAUAAUGUAAAAAGAGAACAGUCAUUAAAUUCAUAUUUGUUUGAUUUUUUUCCAGUAAUCUUAUAUGUUGAAUUGAAUUUCCUGUCGACUGAUUGUCAUUUGAUUUAUAUACAGAUGUAUAUUCAUGAUGUACCUCAAUAAAAUUUUCUCCUAUACCUUG